AUGGUUGCUUUCAAGAAUCUCAGCUUUGCAGCUCUCCUAUCUUUUGGCCUCGCCUCAAACGGUCUUGCUGCCGAAGAAACCACCGAUCUUGCCGCCCGAGGUGUAGAGCUUGAUGCCACCGCUGAGCUUGUGGCCCGCUUUCCUGAGCUCGAGCUCGAGGAGAGAGAUGAAGAGGACGAGCUGGAGGCUCGGGGCCUGCUCGAGGAGGAGUCUCUCUUUGCUCGUGGGGUAGAUAAGCCUAAGGGUGGUGGUUCACGACCUAAGCCCUCUCCACCACCUACAGGUCGAAGGGAUCUCGGGUAUGACGAUGAAUAUCUAUUUGCUCGCGGUGUGGAUAAACCUAAGGGUGGUGGUUCACGACCUAAACCCUCACCACCACCCACCAGAGGUCGAAGGUCUCUCUUUGCUCGAGGAGUGAAUAUGCCUAAAGGUGGUGGUUCAAGACCCAAGCCGUCGCCACCGCCUAGGGGUCGAAGGGACCUCUAUGCUCGAGGAGUAAACAUGCCCAAGGGCGGCGGUUCUCGACCUAAGCCCUCACCACCACCCACCAGAGGUCGAAGAUCUGUCUUUGCUCGAAGCGUAAACGUGCCUAAAGGUGGUGGUUCACGGCCUAAGCCUUCACCACCACCUAGAGGUCGAAGGGAUCUCGGAUAUGACGAUGAAUAUCUCUUCGCUCGCGGAGUAAAUAUGCCCAAGGGUGGUGGUUCACGACCCAAGCCCUCACCACCACCCAGGGGUCGAAGGGGCCUUGAGUAUGACGAUGAAUAG